UAUCACCUCUCCCUCCCAGGGGAAUUCACUCUGAGGAAAGCAUCGCCAUCUCUGUGCAGGCUUUAAGAGGAGACGCUGAAACAGGUACUCUGAGAGGUCCACGCCUCUCUCUCGAGACAAUGGCUGAGCGCACGGUCCCGCACGCCUACCCCGUGAGCGCAGAAUAUGAGUUCGCCAACCCGAGCAAGAUUUAUGAUCAGAAUUUUGGGGAAGGUCUUUCCUCGGGGGACAUCCUGGCCCCCACAUUGUACCACGGCUACUACAUCAGACCUCGGAUCAACAAGCAACUGGACCGAGGGAUCUCGGAGGUCACCCUCAACGACCACAAGUUCCAGGUCUUCCUGGACGUCUGUCAUUUCACCCCGGACGAGAUCGCCGUCCGGACCGUGGACAAUCUCCUCGAGGUGAUGGCUCAGCACCCCCAGAAGGCUGACCGGCACGGCUUCAUUGCCCGGGAAUUCACCAGGACCUACAUCCUCCCGCUGGAUGCGGAUCCCCUCCUGGUCAAAGCCACAGUGACCCAUGACGGCAUUCUGUGCCUAGAAGCGCCGCGGACCGGGAAGGAAGUGAAGGCCAACAUCCGUGAGGUGCCAGUAACGUGUCAGGAAGAGCAGGUGGCCGGGAAAGGAGAAAGAUUGGAGGAAAAGGCGUAGGGAGCCCGAGACUGUCCUUUGGGAAUGGGGCCAGGCUGGAGGGAUCUGUCGAAGCGUCUUUGCCAGGCCCACCAAAGGAAUAUCCGCCUGUUGAGUUCAAGGGCUCCCUGCCAACUCUACCAAGAGAUCUUUGUGUUAUUUAGAUCUAGGGAGGUGACUUUUCUAAAUCAGUUAAUUCCCUGGCUCUUUAAGAGUGUUUGAAAAAGUAAAACCUUGAUGUUACUUGCUGCAGUGUUGAAAAGUAGCUUGUUAUGUUACUUGCUAUGUUGCCUGUUACUUUUCAGUUACUCUUCCUGACUGAGGCGCGGGGCAGGGCUCGGAAUGGAGAAGAGCAUGCUGCGAAAUGCAAACAAACCCCAGCGCAAAAAAAAAAAUCCCUUUCAAAUGGACAUAAAAAAGUAAAGGUGGAAAGGAAUUAGAAAAGCGACUUUCCCCUGCCAAUAAAGUGCUUUUGUCCCCUGAAA